AUGACCAAUAGAUACGUGGACAAAUGGUCAAAAGCACUGACUUACAAACUUCAGACCAAGAAAGUAAAAUGUGCUGCUGGCCAGAUGUGGACUUCACAUGUUUCUAAGAUCAGACUCCUAAAAAAGGCUUAUGUAUAUCCAAGUAUGGCUUCCUAUGAUUUUGCUCAAGAUGACCUUAGCACUGAUGAGGAAAUGAAUCUUAGAGUAAUGCUCUAAGAUAUUAAAAAUUUCCAGAUUGAACUCCUCAAACAAAUGGGUGACAUUGUCAUAUCAGUAACAAAAAUUCAAGGAAAAAAUGACCUUCACCAGAAACAGAUGAUGACACUGUCAACCAGAGUGAAUUUCAUCAAAAGCAAACAAUGUACAAUGACUAGUAAUAUCAUCUCUGUUAAAGAAGACAUUGAUGUCUUGAAGAAGAAGAUGAUGGAACUGGAAAACCAGAAUUAUUCUUAAAUACAUUGUUUAGAUGUUCUAAAGAAAGGAGAAAGGGGUAAAGAGGUCAUAGAAUGGCUUCAGAAGCUCACUCAGUCAGAAGCUCUGAAGAAGACAUCACUCUCUUCAGAACCUACAAUCUCCUUACCACCACCUUCUCUGGUGCCCACUCAUACAGGGUCCACAGGCCAUGUUAAAGAAAAAACAAUUUCUCCCAAAAUUAAAACUCUGAUUAAAUAUAAUAAUUCAAAUUAAUACAGAAGCUUGAGAACAGUGAAGCUAGAUAUUUAUAUUUACCCAGACAUUAGUACCUGGAUCAAGCUAACUGUCCAUGGAGGAAAAUGGACAAUUUUCCUUAGUGCUACCAAAUUGUAGUAGUUCAUCCAGUGGCUUCUGUCUCAGCCAACUCUCCUUCCUAAAGAACCAAAACUUGUUACCCAGAGAACUUUGUUUGCUGGGCCCAUUGCGAGCAUGACCAUAAUCUGCAUCUCUUUUUUCAACUAUGCUUUACUAUCUUUUUAG